AUGAUUCCACUCAAACAUCUUGUCAUAGACCAGUUGAAACGUCACAGUAAAUUUCUGUUACCAUCCUUUUUGAGGCAAUUACAUCCUGUAUUAACAUCUUCUUUGAGUAUAAGGCUGAAGAGUAAACAUAGCAACUCAAAUGUGUCUUCCUUAUUUCAACCGGUAGAUGUAAAGUCAAAUUCAGACGAUAUUAAUGUUGGUGCUGAGCUGACUGGUAAUCUAGACAAAAACUGUAUUAUUACAGUUUUGAGUACUUUUGCUCACAAAAAAUCAAUUAGGGAGUUAGCUUUAAAAUAUGGAUUUGACGAUAUUCUUUUAAACACUGCUUUGAAUAGUUUUCGAAAUUACUGCAUGACAUCGGAACCAUUGCCAGUAGAUUUACAUGUUAUUUUAAAUGAUGUUAUUCAGGGCGCUGGAAAUAUCUCUGAUAUAUUCCCUUACUUUUUACGUUAUGCCAAACAAAUAUAUCCACACAUUGAUUGUUUGGAUGACCUAAAAAAAAUUAGUGACCUUCGCCAUCCACCUAAUUGGUAUCCCUUGGCAAGGAAAAAAAAGCGAAAAAUAAUAUUUCAUAGUGGUCCCACCAAUAGUGGUAAAACUUAUCAUGCAUUACAAAGAUUUAUGUCAGCAAAUAGCGGUGUUUAUUGUGGACCACUAAAGUUAUUAGCUGUUGAAGUUUUUAACAAGUCUAAUUCUAUGGGUACACCUUGUGAUUUAAUAACAGGAGAAGAAAGAAGGUAUGCUCGCAAUGAAAUGUCUCCUGCAAAUCAUGUAGCAUGUUCUGUAGAGAUGGUGAAUUUAAAUAAUGAAUUUGAAAUAGCUGUGGUUGAUGAAAUUCAGUUAUUACGUGAUGGAAGUAGGGGUUGGGCAUGGACAAGAGCUGUUCUGGGUCUUUCUGCAGAUGAAGUACAUUUAUGUGGUGAAUCUGCUGCUAUACCUAUUGUAGAGUCUAUGUGCGCGACAGUAGGAGAACAAGUGGAAGUAAAGCAGUAUAAAAGAUUGACUAAUCUAACGGUAGAAAACCACGCACUUCAAUCAUUGUCUCAUGUUCAGCCAGGAGAUUGUAUAGUUUGUUUCAAUAAAAAUGAUAUAUUUUAUGUGUCACAAACUAUUGAGAAAUUGGGAAAACAGGUGGCUGUAAUAUAUGGUAGCUUGCCACCGGGCACGAAACUUGCACAAGCUGCUAGAUUUAAUGAUGUAAAUGAUGGGUGUAAAAUACUAGUCGCCACUAAUGCAAUAGGAAUGGGACUUAACUUACAUAUUCGUAGAAUCAUAUUUUAUUCAGUUUAUCAACCAACUGUAAAUGAGAAAGGGGAGAAAGAAAUUGAUGUACUAUCUGUAUCGUCCGCAUUACAAAUAGCAGGACGUGCAGGUCGUUUUAACACGCAAUGGGAGAAUGGUUUUGUUACAACUUUUAAAUCUGAAGAUCUUCCUGUAUUAAAGAAAUUACUGAAAGAAACUCCGGAGAUAAUAGUAAAAGCUGGACUGCAUCCAACUGCUGAUCAAAUUGAAUUAUAUGCUUAUCAACUACCAAACACACCACUUUCGAAUCUUAUUAACAUUUUUGUUGCAUUGAGUCAAGUUGAUGAUUCCCUUUACUUUAUCUGCAAUUUGAACGAUUUUAAAUUUUUAGCUGAUAUGAUACAACACAUACCUUUAAACCUUCGUACGCAAUACGUAUUUUGUUGUGCACCCAUUAAUAGGAAAGAGCCAUUUGUGUGCAGCAUGUUCUUGAAGUAUGCGCGACAGUGUAGUAAUAACAGCAAAAUAACUGUCAAGUGGUUAUGUCAACAAAUCAAUUGGCCUCCAAAACCACCAGGGAAUAUUUCUGAUCUUGUACAUUUGGAAGCAGUAUUUGAUGUAUUGGAUAUUUAUCUCUGGUUCAGCUAUCGGUUCACCGAUUUGUUUCCCGAUGGAAGUGCAGUUAGGGAAAUACAACAAGAACUAGAUAAAAUAAUUGAAAUAGGAGUGAAAAAAUUGAAAAUAUUGUUCCAACAAUCAGAUGAGCAAACAGACCAAGACCGAACAAAUAUAACUGAAUGUCAGACUGAAAGAAGUAUUUAUAGAGAUUCAGCGGAUACGCUUCCGAAAGGGAAAGUAACACAGAGGCUAAUAUCAGAAGGUGUUUUAACGCCAAAACUUUUAGAACAAUUACAAAAGGAAUGGUUUCAGAAAAGAUCAGACAGUAAUGACUAUAACAAUUUCAAUAAAAGUAAUUCCAACAACAGAAGAAAACGCAAAUAAAACACUUCAAUCUUAAUUGUAAUUAUUUUCUGUGUAAACUAUAUUGACGC